AUGCGAUUAAUCAACACGACAACGUUGACCUUCAAAGAAUUCCUCGACCCCCAAAAAUGCCACCACGCCAUCCUCUCCCACCGCUGGACCGACGAAGAAGUCUCGUACGAAGACUUCUUAUUGCACCAGCAGUCAGCACUUCCACGGCACAGUUUGGGCUGGAAGAAGAUCCGCGAGGCAUGCGAGCUCGCCCGGCUCGAGCAAUUGGAGUGGUUGUGGGUUGACACAUGCUGCAUAGACAAGAGAUCCAGCGCCGAGCUGACUGAAGCCAUCAACUCGAUGUACAACUGGUAUGCCUGGUCUCGGCGGUGCUUCGUCUUCUUGCACAAUGUCGGUCACGAUGUCGCUCAGCUACACGACGAAGGCCGAAAUCGGAGGUGCUCGCACGUCUACGGCUGCCCCUUCGAGCUUCUCGCCCCGGAUGUCGUUCUGUUCUUCAACUCUGCCUACGAAUACAUAGGCUCGAAAGCCCAGCUGGCUGGAAUCGUUAGCGACAUUGUGAACAUCCGGCCCGAGUACAUUGUCUACCCCGAGCGGAUUGGCACAGCCAGCGUAGGCGAGCGGAUGAAGUGGGCUUCGUGGCGGAAGACUACACGAGAGGAAGACAUGAGCUAUUGUCUCCUGGGAAUGUUCGGUGUCAGCAUACCUUUGUUGUAUGGUGAGGGAGGAACCAGAGCCUUUCUCCGGCUCCAACUGGAGCUCAUGCGGUACAGCGACGACGAGAGCUUGUUCGCAUGGAGCGUCUCGCAGGCCGGCAUCUGGAAUGGACUUCUCGCGCCCUCGCCGGCUGCCUUCUCGUCCGCGAACGGCCUGUCGAUCGAAGUGGAAUCAUCCAGUGACUUCCGACAACCAUAUGCAAUGACCAACAAGGACAUCGAGAUGACGCUUGAUCUGCCACUGGAUAUGGAACUGAUCGAGGACUGGGUACGACACAAAUAUGGCCCUGCAAUACGCAUGGACGGGGUGAGGGGUCUGAUACUGCUCCCUUGGCGCUGCAGAUGCGUAGUCGACGGCGUAGCGCAGCGAGUACCAGCGAUCGCGAUAGCCGCAGCUGUGAAGUCCAAGGAGACCAGAGUGAUCGAGGGCAGCAGACUGUACUCACCUGAAGUGUUGCCUGUACGCUCAGGUCCUGAUGACAUGGUCCGAUGGGUGCCACAAGAGGAGCGUAAUUGGGCAUGCGUGGUUGGAGAGUACUCGGGUCCAACAGAGAAGUGGAGGGUGUGCUUUCCUCAGGACGGCAUCAAUGGGCUCGCCGGCUCGCAGUGA